AUGUCAUCUCCUGUUCCUUCUUUUGAUUCCCUCGACAAGAUUUACGAUCCUGCUGCUGUUCCCAAGCAAGAUCAACGUUACAAGAAACUCAUCGCCGAAUUUGAGAAAGUCCAUGGUCGCAAGGCCGAGUUCGUUGUUCGCUCUCCUGGACGUGUCAACUUGAUCGGUGAGCACAUUGAUUACUGUGGUUUUGGCGUACUUCCUAUGGCCAUUGAGCGUGAUGUGAUUAUUGUUGGUGCUACCACUGAUGAUGAUACCAAGGUCCGCAUUGCAAACAUCAACCCCAAGUAUCCCGCCAGAGAAUUUGAUUAUGAGGGUAAAGAAAAGGUUGUUACCAUUGAUUCCUCUGAAUUGGAAUGGUCCAAUUACUUCAAGUGUGGUUAUAAGGGUAUGCUCGAGAAGUUCCAAUUGGACAGGCCCAAGGGCCUCUUCUUGAUUGUUGACGGUACUGUCCCUGCUGGUGGAGGACUCUCCUCAUCUGCUGCUUUUGUCUGUGCUUCUGCUUUGGCCGUUGUCACUGCCAACAAAUUGACCAUCUCCAAGACUGAGCUCACUGAAAUUGCCAUCGUCGCUGAACGCAAUGUUGGUGUUAACUCUGGUGGUAUGGAUCAAAGUGCCUCCGUCUUGUCUGAAAAGGACUUUGCUCUUCAUGUCGAAUUCGUUCCCAAGUUGCACACUGCCGCUGUUCCCCUGCCUGUUACCACUCCCAAGCUGGCAUUCAUCAUUGCCAACACCUUGGUCACUGCUGACAAGUUUGUCACUGCUCCUCGCAACUACAACUUGCGUGUUGUUGAAACUCACAUGGCUGCCCUCUUUCUCGCCAAGAAGCUCAACUUGCCUGCUGUGGACACUCUUAAGGAAGUAUACGAUCUCUACUACAAAGACUCUUCUCUCAAUGAAGUUGAGAGAUUCACUGAUCUCCUCAAGAAGGCCGAAGAAUUCUACCCUAAGGAUAAUACCAACAACAAUGGUUAUACUCUCGAAGAAGUCUCUCAAAUGCUCGAAAUUCCUGUCAAGGAACUCCAAGACAAGUACAUGACUCGUUUCCCUGUCCAAACCGACUACUACCGUCUUGUCCACCGUACCAAGCACGUCUUGUCUGAAGCCUCUCGUGUCAUUGAAUUCCACAAGGCUUGUGAAACCGGUAAGGGUGAUUCCACCUUGAAGGUGUUGGGUGACCUUAUGAAUCUUUCCCAAGAGUCUUGUAACAAGUUGUUCAUGUGCUCUUGUCCUGAGAUCGACCAAGUGUGUGAAGUUGCUCGCAAGAAUGGCUCGUUAGGAUCCAGAUUGAGUGGUGCUGGCUGGGGUGGAAGCACUGUUCAUUUGACCACUGAAGACAAUGUUGCCAACCUCAUUGAACACAUCAAGAACGACUUUUUCCGCAAGGUUUAUCCCAGCAUUACCGAAGAGGAGUUGGAUGAUGCUAUCAUCGCCACCAAGCCUUGUUCUGGUGCUGCUAUUUACACUGGUUUCUAA